AAGGUGUACGAGCGUGCUCGCGUGUGAACCAUCCAGUAUAGGAGGAUCGAGGAGUUGUCCGUAUCCGCCCCGUUAUGGCUUCCAUGUUCGACCAAUACUCGAGCGCCCUGAUAAGGGAAAACUCGACGUCCGAUGCCGAUGCAAAUGCGGGACCGAAAACUUCCGGCUACGUGAGUGUGCGGACGCGCAAGGAGGUGCCUAUUUUCACCAAGCAAAAGAUGAACCUCAACCUGCCGUCCGGCAUCAUGCAUAUGUCGGUACAGAACGACUGGCUGAUGAUGCUGAUGACCAACCUGACCGUGCUGCGCAUGAACCUGAAGCAGCCGGACAAGUUCACCGAAGUACCGAUCGACAAGACCAUCGGUGGUUUGCGACCGUCGAACAUCUACGUCGAUCCGCUCGGGGCGCACAUGUUUCUCACCUUUCUACCCAAAUCGCCCGGCUUCACGCCAGAGGUGCUGUAUCUGCAGCGCAACAGCUUCAAGCCCAAGUUCGUCACGAAGCUGAAGGACCAGGAGAUUACGGCCGUCGGGUUCAAUCACGCGAACGACUCGGAGACGAACACCGGCCCUAUCCUGUUCGGCACGGCGCACGGCGUCAUCUGGGAGGCAGAGGUGGGCCUCGAGAGCGGCGAUAAGCUGGUGCAGUACAACGUGCGGCAUGCUUUCGACGUUAGCAAGGGCGAGCCGCGGCCCAUUACCGGCCUAGAGUUCUAUCUCAAGACGGAAGGCAAGAACGUGCACUGCAUCGUGCUGGUGCUGACCGUGGACCGGCUGUACAAGUUCCACAAUACGAUCCGGUCGGCCGGCACGGGAGCCACGACGGUUGCUGCGCAGGAAAUCAAAACUAGCGGCUAUCUGCAGAAGGUGUUCGCCUCGUACCAAAACAUUCCCGAGCAGCUGAAAGACUUCGAAGAGCUGACGGUUUCAUCGGGUAUGGGCAAGGCGGGCGCGCCCGGUGGUGGUAUGGUGGGCCCGAACGCGUCCUGGCCCAAGCUAGUUUUCAACUACGAGGAAGACUUUCCAAAGAGCUUCGGUUGCCUGACGGAGAACGGCAUCAACUAUCAAGAGAUCGAUCCCUCCAUCAACCGGCCACAGUUCGUCGUGCAGAAAGAGCUCAUCACCUAUCCGGAGCCCCGCUUUGUGCCGGCUCCCGCUAGCAGCUCGCACAAGGUGGCACCGAAGUCGAGCUGCCCGCUGUCCUUCGUUCUGACCGACUUUCAUGCGCUGCUACUCUUUCCCGAUCACGUGACCGCCAUCUCGCUGCUCGACUAUCAGGUCGUGUACGAGGAGUACUUCGUCGAGCAGUACGGCCGGCUGUUGAACAUCGUGAAGGACAUUCGCUCCAACGUAACGCUGGUUUACAGCAACAAACUCAUCUUUCGCUACAAGAUCGUCAACGAGCAGCGGAACGCAUGGAGACUGUACGCCGACCGGCAAAAGUUCGAGCUUGCGCUACAGUACUGCAACAAAAACCCGGCCCAUCGUGACAUCGUGCUGGUAAAGCAAGCGCAGUCCCACUUCUUCGCCGGCGACUUCCUGCAGGCGGCUGCCAUCUUCUCCGAGACGCAGCUCAGCUUCGAGGAGGUGUGCCUGAAGUUUUUGCAGAAAAACUGCAACCAGGCGCUGCUGCUGUACCUGCGCAACCGGUUGGCGCAGCUGAAGCCGCACGAGAAAACGCAGAUCACCAUGCUGACCGUGUGGAUCGUACAGCUUUAUCUGAUCGAGCUGGCGCACCAGCGGCCGGGUGGUGCGGGCGACGAGUCGCGCCGUGAGCUGCAGAAGCAGUUCGAGAGCUUCAUGGCAAGUCGGGCGGUGAUGGGGUGCGUGCGCAAGUACCGGGCCGCCAUCUACGACCUGAUGGCGGCGUACGGCGACACGCACAACCUGACCGCGCUUACCACCAUCAACCAGGACUACGAGUCAGUAAUCAAUCAGUACAUCAACCAGAGUCGGUACGAGGACGCACUGGCAGUGCUGAGCGCGCAAAACCGGCCAGAGCUCGUCUAUCAGUACGCGCCGAUCGUGAUGGAGAUGCUGCCGACCAGCACGGUCGACAUGUUGAUCGCUCAGGGCCACCGGCUCGACCCGAUGCGGCUGAUGUCGACGCUGCUGUGCCUCGAGUCGCCUCUGCACGCGCAGCAAACGGUGCGCUAUCUGGAGUUCUGUAUUCACUCGCGCGGCUGCGCGGAACCCGCGAUACACAACUACGUGAUCCAGCUGUACGGCACGUACGCACCGGACCAGCUGCUAACCUUCCUCGAGACGCAGGGCCGCGACACCACGAUGGUGCACUACGAUCCGCACUACGCGCUGCGUAUCAGCCUCCGCCACGGCAUCCAGCCGGCGAGCGUGUUUCUCCACUGCCUGCUCGAGAUGUGGGUACCGGCGGUCCGGCUGGCGCUCACCUUCGAAGACGCGGAGGCGGGGCGCACGUUGGCGCGCCAAACGGCGGCCCAACCGGCCGAUCGGAACCUCCGCAAGCGGCUCUGGCUGCUGAUCGCCGAGCACGAAAUUCGCGGAACCCGCGACGAGGAGGUCCAGCGGGCGCUGCGCAUCCUGCAGGAGUGCGACCUGCUGCGCAUCGAGGACCUGCUGCCGUACUUCUCCGACUUCCAGAAGAUCGACCACUUCAAGGAGGCGAUCUGCCGCUCGCUGAAGGAGUACAAUGUCAAGAUCCAGGAGCAACGGCGCGACAUGGAGGAGUCGGCCAAAUCGGCGGCGCGCGUACGCCAGGAGCUGGAGACGUUCCGCAACCGGUCGGUGACGAUCGGGGCCCAGGAGCAGUGUCUGCUGUGCGCCGUCUAUCUGCUGCUCAAACCCUUCUUCAUAUUUCACUGUGGCCACAAGUUCCAUGCCGAUUGUCUCGAAGCCGCCGUCGUACCAUCGUUACGUCCCGACACGGCGGAGCGGUUAGCGCAGCUGAAGCAUACCCUCGCCACGACGCAAACGGCCACGGACCCGAACGGUUCCGGCACGGCCGAGUUCGUCGCCCCUGGCACCGUUUCGCACAAGGAAAAGCUGAAGAGCGAAAUCGAUGCCAUCAUCUCCUCCGAGUGUCUCUACUGUGGUGAGCUGAUGAUCAACGCGCUCGACAAACCGUUCGUCGAAAACUGGCAGCAGGCGAACAGUGAAUGGGACUAAGCAAACAGUCGCCGAAAGGGCCACACCACAAUCCUUCCCAAUUUAGCUAGCAAUCAUAUCUCCUAAUUCGUUACUAUGUAUCAGCUGGAACAGGCGCUAGCAAACUGCAGUGCUGGCCCAAAGUCGAGCACCACAUUUGUUUUGCUAUGGUCAUUUUUUUUCAAUGCUACGAAAAAGUAUCAAACGUCUUUAAUAAAAGAGAAUAUCCUACACACGUACUCAUAACGAAAAAAAUGUAGUAAUACCUGUACUGGUAUAUCUCUAUUUAAAUAUUAUCUCCUAUUAAGGAUGUUAUCUAGUGGGAUGAUAUAUGAUAGUGGGAGUAUAUCAUAUUAAGCAGUGUUUCAAUAUGUUAUUAUAUGAUAAGUCUUAAAAAUUGUUUCAACUAUGAUUUAAAGACGUCAGGACAGCAAAACAAUAUUGUGCUUGGCUUUGGGCCACCAAUGUACAUACUGUAAGGUGUAUAAUUACUGUUUCAAUCUUUAAAUCUCUUUCCGCAUUGUGACGCUAUUGGAACGGUCCGGAGACUACUUUGUCACUCUUCACGGUCGAAGCGUACCGAGUUCCAUUUGUUUUUUGUUAGCUUCCCGCUGUAUGACUCCUUGUAAGCAUGUAUAAUUCCAGCUUUUUAUUAAUCGUUUAAAUAAAGGCAACCAAAUUAAACACU